AUGCUGACACGACGUAAAUCGUCGCUGCCUUCAGAUGGCGGUAAAGGAGGAGAAAUACGAAAAAGGCGUGGAGAAUCAGUUGUAGCUAUAACAGAUAUUAUAAACUUAGAGGCAACAGCUAUCAAUAAGAAGCCAUCAGAAUUGCAACAGAAUGAUAUAUUGAAGGAAAUAGUUCGCAUAUCAUGUUUGUUGUCCAUGAUCUCUGUCUGCAUGCACACACCAGCCACUGUAGCAUUCUGGCCCCCUCUCAACUACAUCUUACUCAUUUGUGAUUGUUCAUUAACCUUAGUAUUCUUAUUAGAAGCAAUAAUCAAUAUCCAUCAUAACGGUCUGUGGGAGAAUGAUUCGUCGUAUCUCAGAGACAAAUGGUCUCAGUUCGAUUUAUUCUUACUUAUCAUGCAUAUAUUAUCAACAGGAUUACACGCAUAUCAGUUGAUCACUAUGUGGUUUCCUUUUUUUGGUCUCACGUAUUAUGAUUGGUUUGGAAUAAUCAGAGCUCCAAGACCGUUUGUUAUGGUUCGAUUUAUCAGAUCCAUUGUUAGAUUCAAACUUCCUAAAAAUCGAAUAAAACAGAUUAUGAAACGAUCAUCACAGCAAAUUCAGAAUGUAACCAUCUUCUUCAUGUUCUUCAUGGCGUUGUAUGCUAUUAUGGGUGUUCAGUUAUUCGGACGAAUGGAUUAUCAUUGUGUCUUGAACGGAACUGAUCCUCAGAAUGUAACAAUUGCUGAUUUGGCCAUUCCUGACACCAUGUGCUCUCAGAAGGGCGAAGGAGGUUAUGAAUGUCCAGAUAACAUGGUUUGCUUGAAGUUAGACAUGACAGCCAAUGCAGAAGGCUUUUAUGGAAUGUUUGAUGAUUUCUCUUCUUCUCUAUUUACGGUUUACAUGGCAGCUUCACAAGAAGGAUGGGUUUAUGUUCUAUAUGAUUGUCUGGAUACUCUGCCAUCAUAUGUGGCUUUCAUGUAUUUUGUCACUUUAAUAUUCUUCAUGGCCUGGCUUGUAAAAAAUGUUUUCAUUGCUGUUAUCACAGAAACUUUCGCUGAAAUUCGUGUUCAGUUCAGUGAGAUGUGGCAAAGCAGAGAAGUGAGCUCUGAAGAUACCUACACACAGAGAUUAGAGCGUGGUGAAGAAGGCUGGAAGCUGGUUGAAGUUGAUCGUUACAAUAGGGGGACGAAUAGUUCUAAACUUCUAUAUUCGAUUGUUAGCAGUACAAGUUUUCAAAUAAGCAUGAUGGCAAUGGUGUUACUGAAUGCUCUUAUCAAUGCAUCACUGGUUUAUCGUCAUGAUGAGAGUGACGAGCCAAGGAAGCUAAUUUAUUAUUACAUAGAGAUAGCAUUCACUAUUCUAUUCAACUUAGAAUGUCUUUUGAAAAUUGUCGGAUACAGUUGGAAGGGUUACAUACGCCGUGGUCAACAUAAAUUUGAAUUAAUCUUAUGCAUAGGUUCUACUCUCAAUGUCGUUCAUUUUUUCUACGGGAUGAAUAUUUUUACAUAUUUUCAAGUUUUUCGGAUCGCUCGUCUCAUAAAAGCUUCACCAAUGUUGGAGGAUUUCGUUUAUAAGAUCUUUGGUCCAGGAAAGAAAUUAGGUGGUUUGGUCAUUUUCACAAUGGUCUUGUUGAUAAUAACAUCGGCCAUUUCUCUUCAACUGUUCUGUUUUGUUCCAAAACUGAAGAAGUUCACAACGUUUCCAAUGGCAUUCAUGUCUAUGUUCCAAAUUAUCACACAAGAAGGAUGGACAGACGUGGUUGUUGAAAUACUGAGAACAACAAACGAUCGUCUAGUUCCGUUUGUAGCUGUGUAUUUCGUUGGAUAUCAUUUAUUGGUCACAUUGAUUGUGUUGAGUCUUUUCGUUGCCGUCAUUUUGGAUAACUUGGAAAUGGACGAAGAAUUGAAAAAAGUAAAACAAUUAAAAGCUCGAGAGCAGAACACGAUCAAAACAACGUUGCCUUGGCGUUUAAGGAUCUUCGACCGAUUUCCUACUCGUCCUCAGAUGAUUAGCAUUAAGAAGAUAUCAUCUGAGUUUCCAUUACCCAAGAUCCGAGAUUCAUUCACGAGACAGUUCUCUGAGAUGGAACACGCUCCCCACGAUGAUAGUGACACGUUAGCAUCGCGUUCAAUUUUCCGACGAGUGUCUCACAUUCGAGCUCAACAUCGCUUAAGACUCAGACAUAUCGGACACUAUUCGUCAAGAAGCAUAUUGAACUCAAUGUUAGAUGAAUCCAAUAGGAAUAGAGCACUGUACUCAGAUUCAAAUAACUUCAUUGCUAACUUUGGACGAAACAGCCACAAGUCAACAAAGGGUGCGACUGUGCGUACGAGAUCAAGAGGGUUAACUUCUAUAAAAGGAAAGAAUCACUUGGUUGAAGGAUUGAAGGAGAAUGGAGAUAUACGGCCUUCAGAUUCUGCACCUAAGAAUGAGUCGAAACACGGUGAAAUUGAUAUCAAAGCUCUUCAGCAGAAGCGAGCUCAUGCGGAAAUCACAAGAAACCGAAUUGAAGAAGAAAUGAGAGAAAACCACCCGAUGUUCGAUCGUCCGUUGUUUACGGUCGGAAGAGAUUCACGACUAAGGAGGAUUUGCCAAACAAUUGUUUAUUCCCAGUAUAACCCGGAGACCAUAGACCCUGUGACCGGAAAACAGACUCAACUGAAAUACAAACAGCUCCAUGAAUUCAUUGGUCUAAUGACUUACUUGGAUUGGGCGAUGGUGUUAGUGACAUCCGUUUCAUGCUGGUCAAUGUUGUUUGAAAGCCCUUGGCCAACGACUGGAGAGAAUUUGAUUUUCAACAACCGUUACCUUCAGAUAACAGAGUAUUUCUUCGUUGCUGCCAUGACAUUCGAGUUGUCCGUCAAAGUACUUGCCAAUGGGUUGUUCUUCACUCCGAAAGCUGUGGUUAAGGAUGUCGGAGAUAUUAUGACGUUUUUCAUUUACUUUACGAGUGUGAUCUAUCUUGUGUGGAUGCCAAAUCGGGUUGAAAUCAAUUCCUGGGCUCAACUACUAAUGAUCUGUCGAGCAAUGAGACCGCUGAGGGUGUAUACUCUUGUACCUCAUAUUCGACGAGUUGUUGUUGAGUUAUGUAGGGGUUUCAAAGAAAUUCUUUUGGUAACAAUCCUUCUCAUCGUGUUGAUGUUCGUCUUCGCUAGCUUUGGCGUUCAAAUUGUUGGAGGAAAGCUUGCGGCAUGUAAUGAUCCGACCAUCUCAACACGGGAGAACUGUACGGGAGUAUUUGAACAAAUGAUUUUCGUAACUCGAAUGGAGGUUUAUGGGAAAAACGACGAAAGAUUGCAUCCGAAAAUUCUUGUUCCCCGUGUUUGGACAAAUCCUAGGAACUUCAAUUUCGAUCAUAUCGGAAAUGCAAUGUUGGCACUCUUUGAAACGCUAUCAUAUAAGGGCUGGAAUGUUAUAAGGGACAUCUUGUAUCUUCGACAAGGACCGUGGGCAGUAGUAUUUAUACAUAUUUAUGUAUUCAUUGGUUGUAUGAUUGGCUUGACACUCUUUGUCGGUGUCGUGAUUGCCAAUUAUACUGAGAACCGGGGUACUGCCUUACUAACUGUUGACCAACGUCGUUGGCAUGAUCUAAAAGCUCGUCUCAAAAUGGCUCAGCCUCUUCAUGUACCACCAAAGCCUCCUGAAAGUGCGAAGCUACGUUGUUAUCUGUAUGAUCUUACACUACAUCCUUGGUUCAAGCGGGCCUUUGUUAUUCUUGUUAUCGUCAAUUCAUUCACUUUGUAUGUUCCAUGGAAUGUUGAAGAGGAGCAAAGAAGUGCUCGUCUCCUCUUCGCUCUAACUGUCCUAUCAGCCAUAUGUAGCAUCGGAUUUCUUAUCGAGAUUUUACUCAAAAUGGUCGCUUUCACUAUACGAGGGUUCUGGCAAUCACGUCGUAAUCGUGUUGAUACUGUGAUUACAGUUCUCGGAUGUGUAUGGAUUGUGUUCCAUUUCCUAUUCCAAGUGCCUGCCUACUUCGCUGGUAACAUCAAAGAAUGGAAGAGACUGACUUACACCUUUGGUUACAUUGUUGUUAUUCUCCGAUUCUUCACCAUUGCAAGUCGACGAUCAACUUUGAAAAUGCUCAUGUUGACAGUCGUCAUGUCUAUGGUUCGAUCAUUGUUCAUUAUAGCAGCAAUGUUUCUCCUUGUAUUGUUCUAUGCUUAUACGGGAGUCAUCCUAUUUGGAAUGGUCAAAUAUGGUCAAGCAGUCGGAAAACAUGUCAACUUUCGAAAUGGCCGCGAAGCCUUGGUAGUUCUCUUCCGUAGUGUUACAGGAGAAGAUUGGAAUGAUAUCAUGCAUGAUUGCAUGCGGUCCCCACCAUUCUGUCAUUGGGAUGAAGGACUGAACUACUGGGAAACAGACUGUGGAAACUACUUUGGUGCUAUCAUCUACUUUUGCUCAUUUUAUUUAAUUAUCACAUAUAUCGUUUUGAAUCUACUUGUCGCUAUCAUUAUGGAGAACUUCUCGUUGUUCUAUUCGAGUGAGGAAGACGCUCUACUCUCAUACGCAGAUAUACGUAAUUUCCAACAAGUUUGGAAUACUGUUGACAUCGAACAGAAGAGAUCAAUACCUGUUCACAAAGUGAAAUUCCUUCUCCGGUUAUUACGUGGUCGCUUAGAAGUAGAUCCCAAUAAGGAUCGUCUCUUGUUCAAACAUAUGUGUUAUGAAAUGGAAAGGCUUCAUAAUGGAGAAGAUGUAUCUUUCCAUGAUGUUCUCAACAUGUUAUCAUAUCGAAGUGUAGAUAUUAGGAAAAGCUUACAACUCGAAGAAUUGCUUCAAAGAGAAGAACUCGAAUAUAUCAUCGAAGAGGAAGUUGCCAAACAAACAAUUCGAAAUUGGCUCGAACAGUGUCUUCGUCGGAUCAAAGCCAAGCAAAACAACGCAGAGUCUGGUGCCAGCACUACUCAUCGGCUAAGCUGUCAUGUGGCUAGCAUGGCCAUGCAGCCAAACCUCUUACUCACGAACUUGCCUAUCACUCAAACAUUGGAAUCGAUCGAAUCGCGUGAAAGUCAAGAGGAAGAUCAUUCGACCAAAAAACGAAAUCGCCGUAGGAAUAGUAUUCCGGAGCUUGUGGGCGAAGCAAAGAAGUUUAUGCUUGGCAUGGGCAAACGUCUUGAGAAAGAGAAGAACACCAACAAAGACCGUCGAGGUACUCUCAAGCAAUUGCAAGUUAAGCUUCCAACCUAUGAACUGCCAGAGCUAGAAGAGAACGUAGAAGAGACAGUGGAUUCUCCUCAAGAACGUAGACACUCCAUGGAUGCAGCCAUGAACAAUCUUCACGAGAGUUUGAUGCAACAGAAUUCAACGCCAUCAGUCGAAUUCCCAUCCAUCGAGUUCGGUCCAGACGUCGAUCACUGGUGGACAACCUUAGAAAAAGAAGAUAACUAUCUGAUUAUGUAA